AUGGGUUUAUAUCGUGGAUCCGACGAUAAAGAUUACAAGGGAGAAAACGAAUCUGUCGCCUUUCCAGGCGAGGUUUGGGAAGGAUUGCUAUCCAGUGGUGUAGUGCAUGAUGUGUUACAGGGUCUUGGAUUCCCUGGUGGAUGGGCAUGGAAUAUCGAUAAAUUGGUCGAUGAUGUGAAUAACGGAAUCACUACCAGGACAAAGACUCCCAGCGUAGAACAAUUUUCGAAAUGUAACGAGUUGAAGGGUGUUUCUGUGUGGGAUACAAGAGGCCUUUGGAGAUGUCUUUUCCCCCAGUCGGUAGUUCAGAAUGGUGGUCUCUCGAGAGAGGCCGUUGAAGCUGACAAAGACCAUAAGCUAGGUCUUUUCUUCCCUGAGUAUUCUGGGUUUUUGUCGUGGAGAGCUCACAUGAUGGCAUUGGCGAAGCAGAAGAGGAAAGAGGAAAGAGAGAUAUAUUCCUUGUCUACUCCAGAAGACGUCAUGCUGAACCAAGUCGACUCGUUGGGAAAGAAUGUGGUAGGAACUUCGUCUUAUUCGACGUACAAGGCAACACCAGAGGGUAAAGAAAGAAUCAAAGAAGAGAAAACUUACUAUGAGGACGGUACAGUCCUGGUGAAAACUAAGAAGAAGAUUUAUCCCCACGAUGGGGAACCAAGAGUGGAAUCUUCUGAAAAGUUGCUAAAUACCGAUGAAUCGUCCUAA